CCUCUCCUCCGCUCCCCACCCUCUUUUCCUCCCUUCCUCCCUCCCUCCUUCCUUGUUCUCUGGUGCACAGCCACUCUGGUCUCUGUCAGUUCUCAAGCUGAGCCGGGGCUCUGCGACAGCCCUCGUGCAGUGAGUGCCUGGCGCUAGAACCAAACUUUGCCUAGCGAGGGCUAAGAAAAGAGAAAAUCCAUCAAGCACCCCGAGGACCAGGGAACAACCUCCAGACAAGGGAUUCCGAAGCAGACACACAUUUCACCUUGAAGACAUGGAGGAAAGGCCGGCAGACACUAAUGCCGGUGUUGACAACUCAGCAUCCCCAUCUGUGGCUCAGCUCGCAGGCCGAUUUAGAGAGCAGGCAGCAGCAGUCUCAGCUAAAGAGCCACCAGCCAAUAAACCAACAAGAAGAAAACCACCUUGCUCUCUUUCUCUGUUCCCCCCCAAGAUAGAGAUGGGCCAGAAUGGUGAGGAGAAACCAUCACCCAAUGCCUGCCACCCUCCCAAAAUCAAGGUGAAAAGCUCCCCUUUGAUUGAAAAACUCCAGGCCAAUCUAGCCUUUGAUCCCACUGCCCUGUUGCCAGGUGCCUCACCUAAAAGUCCUGGAUUAAAGGCCAUUGUGUCUCCAUUUCAUAGUCCUCCUUCCACCCCCAGCAGUCCAGGCGUUAGAUCCCGGUCCAGUGAACCAGAGGAGGUGCCAGUCAGUUUUGACCAACCCCCUGAAGGCAUCCAUCUACCUUGUUACAAUAAGGUGCGGACCCGGGGGUCAAUAAAGAGGAGGCCUCCCUCCAGAAGAUUCAGACGGUCUCAGUCAGACUGUGGGGUGGAUCUGGGGGAUUUGGGGGCAGCUGAAUCAUCUCAGGAGAAUGGUGCCAAGGAAGAGGACAGUGAUGAGGUGUUUGCAUCCAAGAGCAAAGCCUUGGGGUCUCCCCAGUCUGGUAACAGGGCAAUGGGCAGAGAGCUGAGGAGAAAGCUGGAGUCUGAUGACAAACCUCUGCUAAGGAGAUCAUGCAGUAUGACAGAGAAUCCAGCAGAAAGGAGCAGAGCCUUGGAAGACGCUAAAUCAUGUGGGAAUACUGUGAAGAAUCAAGAGGAGAAACAGCAGACUACAAUAGAAGAUGAUGGAGAACCACAGAAAGCCACAGAUAAUAAGGAGGAAACAGCAUGUGAGAACUCAAAGGGGGAUAAAAAGGAGGCAUCUCUGGGGGAUUCUGGAGGAGACAGAGAAGAAAAGAAAAAUGAGGUCCCCAGUUCAGAGAAGGAGGAGACAUCUGAGAAACCUGAAGAAGAUGAAAAGGAGAAACCUGGUCAGAAGAACAUAGGGGCUAAAGAUGGAGACCCACAACAGAGUACCACUAUAGGGACAGAUGAGGAGAGGCCCCAGAAUGCCCCUGAAGAAAAAGAAGGAGAUAAUACCACUGAGCCAGAAAAAGAUGAAGAAGAGAAUGAACAAAAGGAAAGUAUUUCUGAGAAGACAGACGAUCAAGAAAUAACACACAAUGAAGGAAGCAAUCCUGUGACAGGGCAUUCUCAGCCAGCAACAGAUUCUGAGACCACCAAUGAAGCCCCAACUGUGCAACCCACCUGCAGUGCAGAGGAUGACACCGUAGUACAAGAUACCAAAAUGUAAAAAAAGAAAAGAAAAGAAAAGAGCUCUAUUAUCCACCCUUGAUGAAGUUGCUGGAGUCAUCUCUCUGGAAGUAGCAGCAACAGCAUCUGCAGGGAAGAAAGAAGCUCUGUUGGGAGCUCAUGGGAUAUCAGGAAUGCCAAAGAUCUAGAAUCAGCCUGAAGUCAGAGAGGGUUACUGUUGCCUCAUGGCUUCCAGGCUGUACUGUUCUUUAGAGGAGUGGAAAGAGAGGAUCUCAGUGUAAAAGGCUUUUCACCAACAGAAAUUUGGUGUAGGAUGUUCAUUGACAGAUUUUAUAGAAGAAACCUAUUCAAAACCUCUCACCACCAAACUUGGAGUGAACCCAGGGUCUGGCUUUCAGGGGACUGUCUACCUAAGCAGGGGAGCUCUGAACACCAGACUCUUUUCUUGAGUCAUUUUUUGAUGUAAUCCAUCAGACAUGCCUAUGUCUAAAUUGUAACCUUUGUAAUUCUCUGAAAUUCUUACAGUUUUCAUAUGUAAGUAAAAACAAAUUUGGGAACAGGAUGGGGGUGGAAUUCAGGGUAAGGGAUGUGUUAGAAUGGAUAAUAAUGUGAAUACUAAAUCAGAAGACAGUCUUCUUUCAAAAAAAAAUUAGGACUUUUGAGACAAACUUACAGCUCACCCAGCUUUGAGAUGGCUAAUCAGUUUUUCAAGGACUAAACUAGUUGAGGUAAGUGUUGAAACAUUUGUUUCAACCUAUACCAUAUUUAGUUCAACCGUCUGAGCUUACUUUUCCUUUUGGAAAUAGGCUUCCUAGUUUAGGACUGCCAUGGCAACCCAGGCACACUCCCUUUCCGCCAUGUUGUGAGGGGGUAGCCUCUCCAGUGGAAAAGCAGGAUGUCCUCAGCACCAGAUGGGAAAUCAAAAGACCUGGCCUUCAUUCCUGACUCCUCUCCCCUUUCCUGCCUCUCUCCCUCCUUCUAGCUCACUAGGUGGCCAAGUCAAACCCUUUGUUCCUCUGUUUCCUCAUCCACCAAGUAAAACAAAACCUGCCCUCUACCAGCAUGAAAACUUAUGGUGAGGGCAAGUUUAUGUUGCUAUUCUAGAAAAUAUUUCUUAAUGAAAUGAUCUGUUAGGCUGCAAUAAAUAUUGCCAGGUAGAUAGAUGCUUUGUGACCUUCACUAUAUGUGUCCUAGAUGAAGGUAGUCAUUCUUAUUAGUUGUUUGGAAAUUUGAUCAAGGUCACUUAGCCUCAGGGGCCAAGCCCUUCAUGCGCUUCCUCUGAGAGUUGAUAUUAAGACAGAAGCUAAGGUGAAAAAAAAAGAAAAAAAAAGAAAUUAGGUCAAGAAAUGGCUGCAACACUUACUAAAUGUGUGUUGCAUUGAAUUGAGUCUGUCACUAUUUCCAGGUUAACUUCUUCAUCGCAAGUGAAGCAAUGGGCUAGAGAUGCUCUUUCAUGGAGAAGUAUCUUUUCCCAGAAUCUCCUCUCACACGGUGAAUCUUUGCAUUAGCAGGUUUGUGUGAGGCAGAGAAUAACUUCUUCCCUCAAAUACCCUCCCUUAUCUGCCAGAGUUAAAAGCCAUCAGCCAAAAGGAAUUUGCCCUUUGCAGGGCUGCUUCUGGGUCUGGCUAGAGUUCUGGAGCCCCCCAAAGGGCUCAUUCAGUGGGCAUUUGGCUCUGUAGGGUUCACACUGGAAAUCUUCUGAAGGUCUGUGCUAAUUCCUGGAAAGAGCUGGCAUGGGGCUAACAUUGUUUUUAAAAGCAACACUGUCAUAAAAGCAAUGGGUCAACUCCCAGCAUAAAGGCAUUACUGCAUAUACACACAUGUGCCUAAGAGUUCAGGGCACAUGUGCAUGUGUAUGAGUGUGUGUGGUGAAAGGGAAAGAUUUAUUCCAGUCCCUUCUCCAGAAUGAAAUGGAAGGGAAAGAAAAUAAAUAAAAAUAUAGAGAUAAAAAGAAAACUGUGCUUUCCUUCCGACAACUGUAAAUAAUCAUGAGAAAUGGAGAUAAUAAAGUGACAGGAACCAGAAACCAGAGAAGCUAGUUUGAUGUCAGAGACUGAAGGGAUUGAAUUUCUCUUUAUUCCCAAAUUGUAUCUUUCCCACUGUUCCUCCAUUACUCCAUGCUAACAACUGAGGUAAAUACAUUUUAUUCCUUCAUUCAAUGAGUAUUUAUUGAUGGACACUUUUGUGCAAGGCAUUUCAGCUUCAAGAUUCCACCAAACCAUAGAGGCAGCUUCUUUCAGUGGAAAGAGCCCCAGUUCUAGAGUUCAAGGAUAUGAAUCCAAAUUCUACCUCAGAUAUUUACUGUCUUUGUGUCCUUGGGUAAAUUUCCUCAUCUGUAAAUGAGGGUGGUUGGUCUAAGUAGCUUCUAAUGUCUAUUGAAGCUCAAUAUCGAUGAUCACUGUGAUCAUAUGGAAGAGUGGUAUGGUAUGGUGGGAAAGGUGCUGAAUUUUCACUUGGGAAAGAACUGUGUUCAAAUCCUAUCUCCAACAUUUACUUCCUCUGUGACUACAAGGAAAUCAUUUGACCUCUCUGACCUGGAAGUUUCUCCAUCAAUAAAAUGGCCAUAAUAAUAGCUUUAGUUCUUAUUUCACAGGGUUGUUAUGAAGAGCAAAUGAAAUCAUUUAAGUCAAUGUGUUGCAAACCCAAAAUUGCUAUAUAAAGCUCAGCAAAUAUCCAAGACCUCUUCUUGAGGAACUUCACUAAAAAAAGUGACCUCAAAGAGUCACUCACCCAUUCUGAUGGUGGUGCUACACACCAACUCCUUGCCUGAAGCAACUGCAUUUGAGUGGUGUGUGUACAAAGUUGCAUUAAGAGCUGAAUGAUUGAGAUAAAAGCUGAUGUAGGUCCUUGGGCAAGUGAUCUGUAAAAAGAGGGUGUUGGAAUAGAGAGUCCCCUAAGGUUCCCUUCAAUUCCUAUAAUUAUGUCAUUCACCUGAGUCUAAGCUGGUAUAACACGUGGGUUUGACCUCUGGUUUGGAUAGAUAAAUUUGUGCAAUAAAGUUUUUCUUGCUUUUCCCAAGAAAGGUAGUGAGAUGAGCAAUUGGAUAUUCAAAGGGCAUGUCUUAUUAGUAAAAUGAAGGGACAGUCAGGAGAACCCCAAGUAAUAAGCAGCAGUGUCUACACCCAUACCCCUCUAAUGAAACCCCCAAAUUUGCUCACACUGGGUCAAAUUUAAUUUGGAAAGUUCUUCUUGUAUAUGUAGGCAGGGUGUGCCUUCUGGCUUUAAACCUAUGAAUAAGUAAACCAUGACUGCAAAUUGGAUAUAGGCUUUGGAUUCAUUGCUAGCAGAGAUCUCUUCCUGUAAUCUGAAACAUUGAAUUUUUGAGGUGGAAAGGAUUCUUGGGAACCAUCUGGUUCAACCUCUUCAUUUUAUGGGUGAGGAAACCAGGGCUAUAAGAAUUCAAGCGAUUUGCCCCAAAUUCAUGCAGCUAGUGAAUAGCAGAUCUUUCUGACUACAUAUGUCUUUAAAUUUGAAAAACUCAAUGGAAUAGCACAGGGACCACUAACGGACUCUAACUCUUCACAUUGAAAUUCAAUUUUAUUAUGUCAUACUAUUUAGUUAACUUUGCUCUCUACAAACCACAAGAGAACUGACUAAAUCUUUUCACAGAUCAAUAGCAAUAGUUUAUAUUCAGUGCAGAUUCCUAUGUAGCUUUGGAGAAAUCACUUACCUUAACAUCUCUGGGCCUCAGUUUCUUAAAAAGGAAAGAUAGGAUUAGGUAAUUUCCAAAGCCUCUUCCUAAGCCAAAAUCUAUGAUCCCCUGUGAUUUGGUUUUCUAUCCUAUUGCUCUAUCAAAAUUGUUCUAUGAAAAGUUGCCACAGAGAAAGGGAACAUGGGUUAGUGCAGAUGUUAAAUUCAAAUAAAAGAAAGGGCCACUAAGCUGUAUAUAGCAAGGCAGCAGAGGUGGUGUAAUGGAUUGCCAGGCCUAAAAGCAGGAAGACUUAUCUUCCUGAGUUCAAAUCUGGCCUCAGACACUUACCCUGAGACAAGUCACUUAAAUCUAGUUCUCUCAGAUCUUUGUCUAUAAAAAUGAACUGAUGAAGGAAAUGGCAAACCACUCCAAUAUCUCUGCCAAUAAAAUCCCAAAUGUAGUGACAAAGAGUUAGACGUGACUAAAGAAACAACUGAACAACUAAAACUAUACCUAAGGAUCCCUUAAGGUCACAUAAUGACUCAGAAAACCAUGUGAUUUAUUGUAUUUUAUUUAUUCUGUUAGUUACCACUUACAUUUUCAUUCUAAUAUUGCUGUGGACACUGCAUUUUAUAUCCAAAUCUUUUUUUUAUUCCUUUGUCCUGACAAUCCUAAGAAUGAUAUUAUAUGUCCUUGCCCCAGAGCAUCUUCUAAAAUUAGGAUAAUUGAGAUUGAAAAUGUAAGUUCCAUCCUUUCUAGUAAACAAAAGUAGUUUCAACUAUACAUAUCCAAAGGUAGCAUGGCUAUGUCUUUGAUUUCAUUCAUUAGGAUGAAGGAUGGAAGUAAAAUAUAACCAGAUUUCUAACUUGAUUUUUCCAUCAAAAUCAGCAAGGAGAUUGGAGUCCUGUGAUAAGACAUGGGACUUGCCCCACUCCCCUACCCAACAUAAUUAGGGGAUCAGGGAAGGACUAAAAAAUGUUAGCCCACUUCCUCUUUAGAUAUCUACUAAUUAGAGAUGGAUUCAGUUGCCUCAAGGAGAGGACUAAAAUAAUGAGUUUUCAGAAUUGUAUUUAAAUGAUUCAAGAUUCUGAAUAAAUUGUCUCUGAUGACUGAGAGAGAUCAUGGACCAUUAAUUUAUUGGUUAUUGUUAGCCUAAUCAAUAAAUUGAUUUUUCUUACCCGGAACUGAGUCUUUCAGAAUUUUUACUUGUGGCAAAGGAAGCUCAGAGGUUGCCUUAGUCUAAGUCUCUUACUUUUCUGAGAGGUAACAACUUUCCCAAGGUCACAUAGGCGGUAGCAUCAUGAUUCAGACCCUACAGCCUCUGAUUCUGUAUCAAGUGCUUUUCCCAUCACAUCAUGAGAUAUCUUUCUACCCCUUUCAGAUGCUCUGAUUUCCAGUCAAAUAUUCCUACUUGCUGUUCCAUGAACUCAACAGCCUAUCUUCCAUCUGAGGCAUUUCAGCAGGUUGUCCUUGCCAUGCCUGAGGACAGUCUCUCAUCAGCUCUUUUAAAAUUUUCUUCCUUCAAAGAUUUGCUUCUGGGCUACCUCCAUGGCUCAGCCUUCCUUUACUCCCCUCUUCUCUUGCACCCCUUCUCCCCAGAGCACUCAUUUUAUCUUAGUUACAUUUAACAACUUUCAGGAGACCUUCUAAUCUUAUCUACAACUCAUUAUACACCAUCUUAGAGGAUGGACUACUUCUGCUGCCAGAUUAAUCUCUCUCUUUUAUGUUGAUUUACAUGAACUUUAUUUUUAAGUCAUGACUUUUUUAUGUUGGCUCCCAAAUCAUGGGUCUGUGGAUGUGGAGGAGAUCCAUCCUAUUGACUCUUGCCCACUAAUUGACUGUAAAGUAACAAGUGAAUUUCUAUAGGACCUCCUACAAAAAUUAAUCUCAUUAUUUCAUAUUAUAAAUUAUAAUACAAUCCUGGAUUAUAUAUGACAUAGGUCAAAGGCAUAGCUUUAGUCAUACACUGCCUGCCUAAUCACUUUCUCCUAUUAGAAAUACCUAAAAUUCCAAAAUGAUGGAUUCAUUCCUCUUGUGUCAUAUAAAAAUGCAAACAAAACUUUAAUCUUUCUGUCAUUUGUGUGAAAAAAUAGAUUGUUUUCAGAAGAAAAUUCUUUAAAAAAAUUUUUUAAUUCAUGCCCUUUUGUACUUACAUUCAACCUUUCAUUUAUAGUCUCCGCUCAUUUAUCUAGUUAGCCUUUGCUUGUAACAAAGAAACAGUUAAACAAAAUCAGUCAGUAUAGUUGUUGUAACAGCAUCAUAUGUAACAGUCCAUGCCCAUAGGCUCCCUCUUCUUCUGGCAGCAGAAUAAAGCUGGCACACCACUGAAAGGGAGUAAAAAGUGCAAAAAUGAGAGUAUGGCAUUCACAAUUUUGCCAAAGAUUCUCUUUCCCAUUGUUUUAAGUCAACAAGACUGUUAGGAGCUCUUUAGGAGAAUGUUGGACCCUCACCCUGACUUGCAGGAUGGAUGGUGAGGGAGGGCUACCUAGCUCUAUCCUUGAACCUCUAUGUAGGGAUGAUGAAGUGGGUGGUAGUCCAGGGAUCUGAUGGAAUUCUAUCUUUAAAGUCCUAUGGUAGAGGAAGAGAGGGAUGAAUGAAAAAAAAAAAGCAUUAUUUCUUUAGCUGCAACGAGCAAAAUCUGACCUAUACCUUUUCCCUCCAAGAAGGUAGUCAGGUAGGGUGCCAUUUUUUGGAAAGAGACAACCUUGGUCCUGUCACUUAAAGUAAAAAAAGAUUUGGGUCAUGGAUUGAAUAUAUGGGAAUUGGAAAAGAAAUGUUCAACUAGGAUUCUUCCAUAGCACUCCCGGUGGAUUAGGUUCUGAUCCAAUUAAUAUCACCAGAAUCUGGGGUUACAGGUCAGUUUCUUAAUGUCAAUGAUCAGUAAUUUGAUUCAUUUCAGCAUAAUAUUAAAUAUUUUCUAUUUGCCAUUUACUGUACUAAGAACAGGGACUAUAAAGGCAAAAAAAAAAUUAAUUCCUGCCUUCAAGGAGCAGGAAUCUAGUGGGGGGAAAUAGCUAUGAAAAUAACAAUGCACAAACUAGCUAUAAACAGGAGAAACUGGAGAUAAGCAACAUUAGAAGGGCACUAGAAUUAAGUGGGUUUGGGAAAGACUUGUAGUAAAAGGUGGGAUUUUAGCUGGGACUUGAAGGGAAUCAGAGAAUUCAGGAGGUAGAAGAGCAUUCUAGGAUUAGGAUAUAGCUGGUGAAAAUGUCUAUGGCCUGGAGAUGGAAUGUCUUGUUCCUGAAAUAGCAAAGGGGCCAGUAUCUCAGUAGGGGGAAGGUGUGGGGCUGAAGUGAGAUGCAUCACUGGAGUGUUCUCCUCCAGGAAAAUGUAAAGGAAUCUUCUGAAUUUGUAGUCAAUCCUAUGAAUAGUAUCAAGAAAGGCACUAUAUUUGAAAAAAAAAAAACUGGGUUUGGAUUCAGAGGAUCUUGGUUCAAGUUCUGCCUGUCAUUAAUGACCUGAUUAACCCUGGGCAUAUCACCUAACUCGGUAAACCUCUCUGACAUCUGUAAAAUGAGGGAGUGGAAACAGAUGGCCUCUAAGGAAAUUUUCAGCCCUAAAUCUAUGUUCCUAUAACUCUGGAAAGGUCACAACCUCACUCUGAGCCUUACUUUCCUCAUCUUUAUAUGAUGCAUUUAAUUAUGUAUUUAAAUCCUAUAUGAGCCCUUUAUUGAUCCUCUCAGCUGCUAGCACCCCCUCAUCAAAUGCUAUCUUAUAUUUACUUUCUAUUGAUUUUGUAUUUACUGAUGUGUAUAUGUUGUCUCCCUUGAGAGAAUGUAAACUCUGACUUAAAGUGGCUGAGUUUUUGGUUUUUUUUUUCCUUUUUAUAUACCUAGCACAUAGAGUAAUGUCUGGUGUAUUGAUUGAUUAGUACCUACCUCAUAGGCUUGUGGUGAAACAUAUGAAAUUAUGUUUUUAAAGUGAUUUUCAAACUUUCAAGUGCAAGAUAAAUAGUGUUGUGCAUCUGGA